AAGAUUCUUCUUCAAACAGCUGAUCGCUUUUGCGUUACCGUUAUUUUAGAAUUAAUUUAUCCCAGAUAUGUGUUAGCUGUAAAAACAAAAUGGAAAAAAGGAAUUGGUGGUUUUUAUUUGGGGUGAUUUGUUUUUUAACUGUAGUAACAAGAUUCCACAAAGUAUCUGAACCUGAUCAUGUUUGCUGGGAUGAAACACAUUUUGGGAAAAUGGGAAGUUGGUAUAUUAAUAGGACAUUCUUCUUUGAUGUUCACCCUCCUUUGGGAAAGAUGUUGAUUGGUUUAUCAGGAUAUCUCACAGGCUAUGAUGGUACAUUUGCAUUCGAUAAACCUGGUGAUAAAUAUGAAAACACAAGUUAUUUAGGAAUGAGACUGUUUUGUACGUCUUUAGGUGCAACAUUAGUUCCGAUGGCAUUUUUAACUGUAGAUGAGCUAACAAAAUCUACAACUUCUGCUGUGUUUUCAUCACUUUUGAUUUUAUUUGAUGUUGGGUUAAUAACUCUGACACAGUACAUUCUUCUGGACCCUAUUUUGCUUUGUUUUAUGAUGGGUUCCAUAUUGGGAGGUGUAAAAGUCUCUUCCAAUAGAAUAAAAGAAUUUUCCAUAAAUUGGUGGUUAUGGUUAGCUUUUACAGGGACUAUGUUGUCUUGCUGCAUAUCAGUUAAAUUUGUAGGUUUAUUUGUGGUUCUAUUGGUAGGUUUUAUGACUGUGGCAGACUUGUGGAAUAUACUGGGAGAUAUGGCCAGACCUGUUACUGACACUAUUAAACAUCUAAUAGCCAGAGGUAUUUGCCUUAUAGUUUGGCCCAUUCUACUUUACUCCCUAUUCUUUUAUAUCCAUUUAAAGGUCCUAAAUAGAAGUGGUAAUGGGGAUGGUUUUUAUAGUUCGGCUUUUCAAUCGCAAUUAAUCGGCAACAGUUUGCAUAAUGCCAGCAUGCCCCGCCAGGUGGCGUAUGGGGCUAUAGUGACCUUGAAAAAUCACAGAACUGGAGGAGGGUACUUGCACUCCCAUUAUCACCUGUAUCCUGAGGGAAUUGGGGCUAGACAACAGCAAAUAACAACUUACACCCAUAAGGAUGACAACAACAAAUGGUUGAUAAAAAAAUACAAUUCCGAAGACAUAAGUGGCGUUAACAUUGUCAAAAAUGGCGAUUUAGUGAGAUUGGAACACAUUGCGACAAAAAGAAACCUCCAUUCUCAUAAAGAACAAGCCCCCAUCACCAAAAAACAUUAUCAAGUCACAGGAUAUGGAGAAAAUGGUACAGGAGACGCAAAUGACGUUUGGCGUGUAUCCAUCCAAGGUGUCAAAGAUGGUACAGAACUGACAGCGGUAACCAGCAAAAUAAAAUUCGUGCACUAUUUGCAAUCGUGCGUUUUGACGACUAGCGGCAAACAGCUGCCGAAAUGGGCGUACGAACAGCAGGAAGUUUCGUGUAAUCCAAACUUAAGAGACGCCAAUGGACUAUGGAACGUUGAAGAGAAUAUAUUUGAUAAAUUGGCGAAUGUUAGCUUUGAAGUAUACGCACCAAGUUUCUUUGAAAGGUUCAUAGAAUCUCAUGCUGUUAUGUUCCAAGGAAAUUCUGGCUUGAAACCCAAGGAAGGGGAAAUUACGUCAAGACCUUGGCAGUGGCCUAUAAAUUAUAGGGGUCAAUUUUUUUCAGGUUCCACAUAUAGAAUAUACCUUUUAGGAAAUCCAGUGAUAUGGUGGAGCAAUUUGGUUUUCAUUGUGAUAUUUUUAAUAAUAUUUGCUAGUAAUGCAAUCAAACAGCAGAGAGGUUACAUAAAAUCUUUUACAGAUUCCCACAAGCAAAAGUUGGUUGCUUGUGCCUGGCUCUUCCUAGGCUGGCUUUUGCAUUACGUGCCGUUUUGGGCCAUGGGUAGAGUCCUGUAUUUCCAUCACUAUUUCCCUGCCUUACUUUUUAGUUCGAUGAUAACAGGUAUUACUAUUGAUUACCUACUGGAAGAAGUCCCAAAACUAUUUUCAGAAAACAUAUCAAAUAUGGUAUACCACACGGCGUUGGGAAUCAUUCUUUCAACCAUCGUUUACAGCUUUUACCUGUUCGCCCCCCUGGCUUAUGGUAUGAAUGGCCCAACCGCCAAUGAAGUCAAUUCUACCAUGCAUGGGUUGAAAUGGAUCGAUUCGUGGGAGUUUUAGGUUAAGAAUUUUUUAGUGUAAGUGUAACGGAGUCCUUAUUUAUUCAAGAUGAUUGUUGUUUAUUUUUGUACGAC